UUUUAGUGGUUAUCCCGCCGGGCUUCACACUGGUCCCUCUCCAGUCAACCGAGGCUAGCCCAGCAUCACCGCCUUCUUUUUUUCUAUCCCUUCUGUAUUUUCUGUCCCUCUGUAAUUUUUUCCGUCUUUUUUCGACAUCUCACGAACUCUGCCAGGUGCACUCGGGUGCACUACGCAAAUUUCUCUUUUUAUAUUCAUUUUUUUCGACCAGAAAGCGUUUUGGUAGCUGCUUCAGCCAUCGUGCCGCAUCAGCCGGGAGAGAAAAACAUCCAUCCACGACGACGAGGAGGCAGGGAGCGAACUCAGCAACGCCCAUUUUGACACAUACUGUAUCACCACUAUACCCGCGGAGACGCUUUAGUAUCUUUUCCAUGUCUGCCUGUUUAUAUCUAAGAGGGCUUUUCUCGCUUGUAGCCUGCACUGUCGAUCUUUUGCCCUGUAUGUUCCCGCCUCCUCUUUAGCAUCUUCGAGUAGCAGCAAAAUAUCAACAGGGGCUGAGGUGCUGAAGAGCUCCAUGCCCCUUUGCAUGCAGCGCAGUUUCUGCAGACUACAUCAGUGGCCUUAACCUCCCACAUCUUCCUGUGCUUCUCCUCCGCGUCCUCCGGCGUACCCCUCCUCUCCCUCUGAGCACUCGGCUCCUCAUUCUCCUCCCGGUCUCCCGCCAUCGCGUCCAGCUGUGGCCCUCACAGGGCGCGCUCGCUGGCUCUCACCUGACAGGUCCCUGGCCUCAGGACGACAGCCAGCCCCAACAAUCUCCCUACAUGAGGGACAAAGCGACGCAGACCCCCAGGGCCUGGGCAGAUGAGAGGAGGAGGGGCUCUCACAAACGCUCGGCCUCCUGUGGGAGCACCGACCAGCUCAAGGAGAUUGCCAAAUUGCGUCAGCAGCUUCAGCGCAGCAAACGCAGCAGCCGCCAUCGGAGGGAUAAAGACCGAAAGUCCCCGUUCAAUGGCAGCCAUGCCAUCAUCCAGUCGCAGUCACCUAUGCCCAAGACCAUCCUGAUACCCAUCCCUAUAUCCAAGUCAUCGGCCCCUCGUUUCCGCAACAGCGUGGAGGGCCUCAACCAGGAGAUUGAACGUAUCAUCAUCCGAGACACCCCUGAAAAGGAAGAGACCAUCGUUGAUGUCCCAGAUGGGCACCGUGCACCCCCACCCGUACCCCCACAGCGCAGCAGCAGCACACGCAGCAUCGACACACAGACCCCCUCAGGAGGCGGCCUGAGUGGGAACCAUAGCAACUGCAGUAGCCGUCCCGACUCCAUCUCGCCCUCCUACCUCACCGUCCUCAAUGACACGGUUGGAGGCAGCCCCUAUGAGGACAAAGUCUCCCCUCUCUGCCUGUCCUCAGAGCUGGGCCCCUGCUCCCCGCUGCCAAAAUACGCUGCCUCUCCCAGACCCAACAACAGCUACAUGUUCAAGAGAGAACCUCCAGAGGGCUGCGAGAAAGUCAAAGUGUCUGAGGAGACCAUGCCCAAACCUCUGCAGGACAUCCCUCCCUUUUUGUGUCCCGACCGCAACAAGGUCAACUUCAUCCCUAACAGCGGCUCUGCCUUCUGCCUGGUCAGCAUCCUCAAGCCCUUACUCCCAGUCCCGGACCUCACCUUUCGCUCUGGGGUGGGCCUCCGAAGCCUGUCCCCGUCCCUCGUGCCUCUGUCCACCCAGCCCUGCCUCCUGGAGGAGCCUGAGAGCUUCUGACGGCCCACCAAGGCUUUAAGUUACCACAGCCCCCAAAAGAUUCCCUCCCCCCCACAAAAUCUGAAAACAUUUACUAGGAAACAACCCUUCUGCUCCAAAAUAAAUGCCUUCAGCAUGCCAGCUAAGCUCUCUCUGAUGUCCUUAUCUUGUUGAAAAAGCGCUUCCCACUGCCUCUCCUCCUCAGACGAUAACAACGUGAGAGUCCUGCAGCCCUGUGCAGGUAUUUUGCAGCUAACAUUUCAUCGCUUUCUUCUACCUUUAGUGCUGGUUAUGUUCCUGUUUUUUGGGAGGAAAAGGGCGAAAGGACUGACUCUUUUAUUUCAUCGUACUAUACCAUGGCGCCUUUCCACGGACAUAUCUCUUUUUCUAUCUGUAGUUAUUUCUCUUGAUAUAAAAUAUGCCUUCCAUUAUAAAAAAUAUUUUAAAAAAAGGCCGCUGGUUUUCUUGGCGACCAAGAGUUUGACCACAGAGGCUAAUUUUGGUGCUGCCAGAUGUAUAUCGUAGCAAAACUUGAAUGGUCGUGACAAGGAGAAGUUAAAAAAUGUGCCUGAUAUUUUAGACCGCUCAGUUUCGCUAAACCAGCGUAGUGCUCUGAUCAUGUCUGUUUCUUUAGCAUGACACACAUGAUGUUUGCACUAUGGUGGGCCAUAGAUACACACAGAAAGGCAGGAACAUAUAAAGUAAGUUGGUACACAGACUACACUUAGCAACGAUGCAUAUUAAGACCACCUGUGACCUAAACCUAGACAUCUGUUUUGUACUUUCUUCAGCCAUUUCAAGUGAAAGCUGACUGUAAACUGGUACAAGCUGAUGCCUUUGUUACACUAACUGGUAGCAGUGAACUGGUCCCCUGCCGGCUGCUGUGUAUCUAUGGGAAACACAGGCCAGGGCUAUGAUGUGUGCAGCGUGUUCAACCUGUGUCUGCCUGCCCCUCCUUCCCAAGCGCCAGCCUUUGCUCAUAAUGUCCCCCCCCCCCUUUUUACUCCACGUCCAUCACAGCCACCCCUUUCUGUUCCUCCUUUUUCCAGCUCUUUCUCUCUUUUUCUUUCCCUCACCGUCACUAUAAUGCUGAUUUCCCUUCUGUCUUGCUCAGCUAGUGUUGUUGUGAAAUGUGUCCAGAAGGGCCUCGUCCUUGCAGGACAGGCUGCCUCUGGCUCGCAGGGCCCUGAGCAUGGAGAGGUUGCUGAACCCAAACACUGCUUUGCAAACCAUAAGAAAACAUAUACAUAACAAUGGAUUAACAUUCCUCUUAACUUUUCAAUAAAGUUUCCACAUCAGUCCACAUUGCUUAAGUGCAAAC